AUGGCCUCCGGUGAUAUCGAAAUGGAAAAUCUGAUGGGAGAGCGGAAGGAUCUCGGCGAGGAGCCCAUAUACUGUGCAGCCUACGACGAUGGCGAGGAGAUUCUCUACCAUAGGUCAGAGCAUCAUCGGACCCAGUCCGAACGGGUUGCCCAACGACUACGCUACGAAGAACAUGCCCUCAGAUUCCUCAGGGGCCAGCGUCCGAGGCUUAUAUCCGCCGCAUUACGAGGCCCCUUCGAUCAAGCUUCCGGCUGGCGAAACCCGUGGCUUCCAGCUCGUCAAUCCUCAAAUGUCCAAGCAAAUGCUACAAAUCAUACACGCAAGCGAUACUCCACCAAAUCGACAAAUGCUUUGGCAAAAGCUGCAAUUCAGACACAUCCGAAAAAUGUUGGAGGAUUGACGAAUACCGCACCUGACAUGCAGGACUCCAUGCAAUGUCAUUUGCCAAGUCCACAGAGUCAUCGCGAGCUUGAGCUUGUCGAAAAUGCUCACUUUGAUUCUUCGGCAAGUGCCCGCAUACGAGAUUGGGCCCGAAAUGUGCAAAGAGACACGCUGGAGCGAGAUGAUUUUUGGGCACCUGACGUUGGGACUGAUGAUGCCUCCGAUGGAAGCAGCAAUGCAAAGAGACCCGCCAAGAAAGAUUGGCUCAAGAGCAAGCUCAACAAGCGCAGGAGAACAGAGAACGUGUCUUUUGCUUCUGUGUCGACCCCAACCCCCACUCCUGCUGCUCCUGCUGCCAGCGAAUUGCCCAUUUUCACAGGACUUGCCCCAGAUCAUCAGUCGAACAACCGCACGAAUGCAAAUCAGAGUUUCGAGCAAACUACGCCGUCUUCUAUUGCCAAGCAGCAGCCAGAGGAGUCACCCGAGGAAGUUGUGUCCAUGACAGCAUCCCAUAAGUCAUCAGCAUCAAGGGUUAGACCUCGUAAAAAAGUGGCAGUCAAAGCUCAUGCACUACGCAGGAGUAGUCGUCGCCAAUCAAAGCAGCCAUCUAAAAACCUCGAUGAUGCAAUCAAUCAGCCGGCUUGCCAGCCAAUGGAAUGUCAAGAUGCAUCAGGCAUGGGCAUGAACAGUGCAGCUCAGCCACAAGCAGCGCCUCCAGGACAAGGAAAGGAAGAUAUGAUUUCCGAGCAGGAAAACCCACAUGGAGCUGCAAGCCCGCGGCAACUUCUUGAACAUGGCGAUACCAGCUUCGAAAGCCAUCAAGACCAAAGUUUCCGAUACAGAGCCAAAAGCACCAAGCUUCCUCCUAUCCAGAUAACCCAGAGCAAUCUAGUCAGUCAACAGUCACAAAUCACUCAAACAGGAACCCCAGAUUCGGAUGAGCAACAUGAAGCGAACCUUGAUGAAAACUCCGUUACUGGUUGUCAUGAUUUUGAUGUCGUCGACUACCCCAUGUACGACCAAAGUGCAACGGACAUGCUGGUUGAUUUCACACUACAAGACGAUACAGAAGUGGCUCAAGAUUUUAUUCCCACAGAACCCACAGAGACUUUGACAGAGGAUUGUCGACCUGAAGCUCAUUCAAUUGAGAAGAGGCUCUGUGAAGAAACUUCGACCCUUGACAACCUUGUCUCCGAGGAAGGCGAACAAGACCUUGAUCAUCAUCAACAGGCUAGUCACGAAAACCCGGUUGACCAACCAGGUCUUGAUCAAGCAAUGCUAUUUCUAGGUGUGGAAAAUCAGCCCACGCCAUUGCACAUUUCCAUAUUUAGAGCGCUUGAGGCAGGGUCUGCACUUGUUGCAAACGCAGUGGAAGUUGAUACGGGUAGAACUUUGCCCCUUGUCGAUGCUCCUGCAAGGCCUGAACUCCCCAAAUAUUCCUUGCCAGUCGCCGGAAUAGCAGAAGGCAACGAGCAAACGCACCCGGCAGAAGAUGGAGAGGCCGUAUUGGUAGCCGAUCAGGAGGAAACAUCAGGCCCUGGUGGCGUUGAGAGCAAAUCACCCAUUGAGUGUCAAAAUCCCGAGCCAUGCGAUCGAGAUGAAUCGUCCACGCCCCACGGCGACGGCGACGGAUGCAGUGUCGGCGGGCCUGUGGAGAUAAUGCAAGAGCAGAAUGAAGGUUCUGAGGCCUCAAUUGAAGUCUCAGAAGAUGAAGAAAACCAAGAAAUUCCGGUUCCUAUCUCUAAAGCGGAAUGGGUAAGAAAGGAGUCGGUAGACGACCCCUCGGAUCCUAUCCAAAACACCCCACCGCUUCUGGAAACAACUCACACACUGGCUGACGCCAAUGUCACAACGGCCGGCAACGAGGAAGGCGAACUUCAGAGUGAUCAAGUAACCCUGCAAAGCCCUUGGGUAUCUGAGGGUGCGCAAGUCAAAAUCGAACCUAUGGCAGAAGAGGCGUGGGUGUCUAGCUCACGACCUAUCAGUAUCGCAAGUUCGCCAAUAGAGGUGGUACCACAGCUUGCCGUACCACUUUCGCAGCAACAGCCAUGGACCUCUUUGGAGACUGAGCCACCCUAUUCCGCUGGCCUACAAGCUUCAGAAUCCUUGCAACAGGUCGUUUUACAAGAACCAUUGCGACUGUCUCUGCAGAGUUUGCCGGAGAAGCAAAGUCUAUGGGCUUGUUGUGACCAUCAAUCUGCAUAUGCCGAUCAACAAGCACGUUUGUCGGUUUCCCAAAGCCUACAAGACCGACGGCCACCUACACAAGCACCGAGGUUCAAUAGCGAGCCACUGGCACCCGUGCCACCUAUGUCUCUACUCCCACAUCUUGAACAGAUUGGAUCUCUUACACAGCCGGCUACACCUGUACACAUGGCCCAACGUCAAACGACUCCCGAACCGAUCCUAUCAAUCAAAUCCUUUGCGACAUUUAACACGCCGUCUCCGAAAUAUGAUCGCAACUCGAGGAACCACAGAGUGUCUGGUGAAGGCUUGCCCAGUACACAAUUUUUGACCGAUGCAACAGGUGCCAACCCUUGGACAAGUAGUGCUCGAUCGAGCUUACGAUCGAUUGUGAGACCUCGGUCACAUUUGCGGGUAUCCUUUGCACCACUACCUCAUGAGAGCGACGACACCGGAGAUUCGGUGCUCGCUUCCAAUGUCCGGAAAGCAGCAUCUCCUCCGCCGCAGUUCCGCCGUGAAGCUGAUGAUGAAGACGUGGGUGCAAAUUUCCAGAAACACUUUGACGCUACGAGUCGGAGGUCUUCAAAUGGGACGAAGAUCCUGCAGCCCCGGGCCGCAACUCGCCUUCUGCCCAGCGAGUCACAACAAAUUCCAAUGAGUCCUGGGAUUGGUCUAAUGGCACAGGCGUUCCGAGAGGCCGACGAGGGCCAAGGCAUCAAGAGCUCUCCUGGACCUUUCAUCGCAGUCGAUGAGUCCUGCCAGAUCCCAGAUACCGAAAAUCAUACUCAAGAGCAGUCACCAUGGCGCGCUGAAUCCCAAAGCCAGGGUGUUGAUGAUGUCGCUGCGGUUCUGCAGAACCUUGACGACUUUCUCAACCCGAGAUGGGACGCUGAGGUGGACGUGAAUAAGACCAGGGUUGCGGAUGGAGAAGAAAACUUUAGAUUGGAACAGAGUCCAGGUUUCUUGGGGGCGAUUUGGGAUGCAUUAUGA